UUUGACAAAGCGUUGGCAUCGUUUCAGGACGAAUUUGACAAUUGGUGUCAAAUUAUCGACCAUAGAGGACAGCUUAGACCGUCUAGAGAGUGACCCAAUCCUCGGUAGUCUCCGAUACCCUCAAAUUGCCCACCAUGAUUCAACAGUGGCGUGCCUAGAAGGCACCAGGGUCGAUCUCACGGAGCGUAUUAUGAACUGGUGUCGUAAUACCGGGGAUAAUGAAAACCGGCUGAUGCUACUGACCUCUGUGGCCGGCGCUGGCAAGACUUCGAUUGUGCACACAGUUGCAGAUAGAUGUAACAGGGAGGCUAUCUUGUUGCUGUGCUUCUUCUUCAGAAUUGGCGAACAGCCACGGCCGGACUGUUUAUUCAGCGGCAUUGCUCAAGCUCUAGCAAAUCGUGACGCAGAUUACCGCACCUUCAUUAUCUCUGCCCUUCGAAAAGACCCCACCCUCUCAACAGCUCCAUUCACGAUGCAGUUCAAGGAAUUAGUGGCUUCGCCUCUGCUCCAUAAGCCUCCGCCUUCCGACCGUCCUAUGGUGAUCAUCAUCGACGCUUUGGACGAAUGUGACAAAGAGGUGUUCGAAUCCCUUGCCGAAAUUCUUGGGGACGAAGUGCCCAGGCUACCAUCUUCCGUCAAAUUCUUCAUCACAUCGAGACAAUAUGAUCUCGUGAAUCGCUACCUCUCCCCCGAUUACCCUAUUGAUCGUCUCACUAUCGAUCUCUUGGAUGGGGCGAAUGUGCAGGACUGUGCUAGAUUCAUACGCUUCCAACUGCAAAAGCUGAAGAGGUUACAUCGGGAUUUACAGUGUAAUCUUCAGGACGAGGAUAAAAUGGUACAGGAGAUCUCGGAACGAGCAAAUGGUUUGUUUAUCUGGAUCAGCACCAUCUUUCGCUACAUGAAGAUGACCAACCAGGAUCCUAUGAGGACACUAAAAAGUCUACUCGACACUGGUGCCAAACGACCAGAGGUCCCUGCCGAGAAAAUGAUGGAAGACCUGUAUACCAGCAUUUUGAAGAAGUGUGCUUGGGAGGAUGAAAUUUUUGCGCACGAUUACCCAAUCGUGAUGGGAGCAAUCUUCAUUGCUCAGCACCCUCUGUCCAUUACAGCCUGGGAUGCAAUUUUGUUCCCUUUCCUCAAGUCUUCUGUUCGAUAUGCGUUGGCCGAACUUGCUCCUCUGCUCUCAGGAGCUGAGGGUUCCCACAUUCCGGUUCGCAUCUUACAUCAAUCUUUCCGCGAUUUUAUCGUCGAUCGGAUCAAUCCUCAAACAAUCAACUCUCGUUGCACUCCCGUAGUAGUGGGGGUGGAAAAUGCCAGGGUUGCCCUGCGAUGUACCAAGAUUUUGAAUGAGGGACUCUGCUCUGUAAAGGGCUUAGGACAGAUCGAAAACUUGUCCGAAGAAGUUGAAAUGCCGCGCAUUUCUCCGAAUGAGUUAUCUGAGCACUUUCGUUAUGCAUGUUGCCACAUCAUCUACCACCUCAGUGGAGUCCGGGAACCAUCAGAGGAGCUUGCUGGGUCAGUUGGUAUGUUUCUGAGUCAAGAGGCAACUCGGUGGGUGGAAGUCUGUGUGAGAAUGAAAAGCUAUGUCAAUAUCUCAUUACUCCCCGAAUGGGCUAAGUCGGCUGUUGAACCCAGGGCUGUCGGUGCAUUGGUUAAUGUGCUUACCCAGCUUGGGUGGCACCUGCAAUUUUUUUCAAGAUUCCAGGAGGCAUAUGAGGCAGCAAAUGAUUCUGUUUUACUCUGCCGUUACCUUUUUUCUGUGGACUCAAGUUCCUACACCCUGCAUUUGGCCGAAUCACUCAACGGCCUAAAUUGUGCCCUUUGCAGACUCAGACGGCACUCGGAGGCACUCCCAUUCAUUGAAGAAAGUGUCAAACUCCGCCGCCAGCUGGUUGCCAUUGACCCAGGAUCAUACACCCUGGAUUUGGCCGUGUCACUUCACAAUCUAUAUAAUACUCUUUCCAAUCUCGGACGGCACUCGAAUGCACUCCCAUUCAUCGAAGAAAGCCUCAAGCUCCACCACCAGCUAGUUGCUGUUAACCCAGGAUCAUACACCCCAGAUUUAGCCUCAUCACUCUACAGUCUAUCCAAUGCUCUUUCCAAUCUCGGAUGGCACUCGGAGGCACUUCCAUUCAUCGAAGAAAGCGUCAAACUCCGGCGCCAGUUAGUUGCCGUUAGCCCAGGAUCAUAUAUGCCGGAUUUGGCCAUGUCACUCAACCAUCAAUAUUUGACUCUUUCCAAGCUUGGACGGCACUCGGAAGCCCUCCCAUUCGUCGAAGAAAGCAUCAAACUCUACCACCAACUAGUUACCGUUCACCCAGGAUCAUACACCCCGGAUUUGGCCAUGUCACUCAACAAUCUACAUAAUGCUCUUUCGGGUCUCGGACAGCACUUGGAGGCACUCCCAUUCAUCGAAGAAAGCGUCAAACUCUACCGCCAGCUAGUUGCCGUUAACCCAGGAUCAUACACCCCGGAUUUGGCCAUCUCACUCAACAAUUUAUGUAUUGCACUUUCCAAUCUCGGGCGGCACUCGGAGGUUCUUCCAUUCAUCAAAGAAAGCGUCAAACUCCAGUGCCAGUUAGUUGCCGUUAACCCAGAAUCAUACAUGCCGGGCUUGGCCAUGUCACUCAACAAUCAAUAUUUGGCUCUUUCCAAUCUCGGACGGCACUUGGAGGCACUCCCAUUCAUCGAGGAAAGUGUCAAACUCCGGCGCCAGCUAGUUGCCAUUAAUCCAGGAUCAUACACCCUGAAUUUGGCCAUGUCACUCAACAAUCUAUGUAACGCUCUUUCGGAUCUCGGACAGCACUCAGAGGCGGUCCCAUUCAUCGAAGAAAGCGUCAAACUCUGCCGCCAGCUAGUUGCCAUUAACCCAGAAUCAUACACCCCGGAUUUGGCUAUGUCACUCAACAAUCUAUCCAUUUCAUUUUCCGACCUCGGACGGUACUCGGAGGCGCUCCCGUUCAUCAAAGAAAGUGUCAAACUCCAGCGCCAGCUAGUUGCCGUUCACCCAGGAUCAUACACCCCUGAUUUGGCCGCAUCACUCAACAAUCUAUACACUGUUCUUUCGGGUCUCGGACAGCACUCGGAGGCGCUUCUAUUCAUCAAAGAAAGCGUCAAACUCUACCGCCAGCUAGUCGCCGUUAAUCCAGGAUCAUACAUGCCGGAUUUGGCCAUGUCACUCAACAAUCAAUAUUUGGCUCUUUCCAAUCUUGGACAGCACUCGGAGGCGCUUCCAUUCAUUGAAGAAAGCGUCAAGCUCUACCGCCAGCUGGUUGCUGUUAACCCAGGAGCAUACACCCCGGAUUUGGCCAACUCACUCGAAAAUCUACGUAAUGCCCUUUCCAAUCUCGGACGUCAUUCCGAGGCACAAAUGGUCCACAUUUGAGCGCAUUCUCCUUGUCAUCGUAUUCACCACUUUGCUGCCUGCCCACGCUCGAGAAUACUCACAAAUCCAACCUCAUUCUUGAUUGCAAACUAUCGACAAAAUAUUUACAGAGUUCACUGGCUCCGCUACACCCCUGACCAAUCACAGUCGUAUCUUCCAAUUCUUUAUUUCUUGCAUCACUGUACUUGAUCUAUGUUUCUGCAUAACCGAUGACGUCAAGGUUUGGAUGGC